AAUAAAAGAAACGCUAUGUUAACCUACAAAAUUUGAAGUUUAACUUUAUUUAAACUUUUAAUAAAUUGUUAGGUGUUUAUAGUAUUUGUCUCAACAAAUUUUAGUUUCGUGUUUAAAUAUGACGGAAAACAGAAUAUUUGAGUUGAUAAACGAAAUGCAGCAAGUUUCUACGAAUAGUGUUAAUUCAUCCAAAGUAAUACCGCAAAGGGCGGAGUUAAUUGCAAAGACAUUAUCCGAUUUGGUUUACAAAACUUUGGAUAGUGAUAAAGAAACAGAGAAAAAUCGACGGUACAAUGUUAUUAAAUUGCUUAAAACUUGGUUCGGAACCGACUCAAAACACACUGCAGUCUCCAAAGAAAAUUAUCAUUUUAUUAUAGAACACUUGCUUAAUGCACAUUCGGGAAAUCUGCUGGAAAAUCCUGAAAUUAGCAAGCUUUUAAACGAAUUUUUAAAUAAAUCGUCAGUAGACAUAGAUUUAGAUAAUGAGCCCAUUACAGAAAUGAAAAACUUUUUUAAAAAGAAACUUGAGAAUAACAGAGAACGGGAAAAGUUCAUUGAAUUAAUAAGAGAAAGAGAAAAACAGAAGUUAAAAGGUGAUGACUUCUCCUUAAGUAUCCCAUCACCAUUGAAAGCAGAGGAUUGUGCGAAGUGCAUUGAAGUUUUAAGUGAAAUUGAAUCGAUGGCACAAUGCUGUCAUCAUAAUACUUCUACCGCAAGAAAUGAUACUAGGCUUAAAAUGGUCAAUGCAGCAUAUGCGCUUUUAAAUCUUAAACGAACACAAAAAGACUUGGAUUUGCUUACAUAUAUAGUCGAACAAAUAGGGCAACUUGAAGAUUUGACACAAGAUGAGAAAGAUCUGGUCUUUUAUUUAUGGAAAAAUACAGAUAUUUUAAAUUUGUCUGAAGACCUCGCAAUGGAACUUCUCUUAAAAUUUUCGUUCAUUUAUGAGGAUACUGUAAAAAAAUUGUGUAAUUUAAUUGUGACUGAUGAAGCACUAUCGGAUGUCGAUGCCGAAACCAAGUUUUUAAAUGACAGUGAAAUGAAAAAGAUUCUGUCCUAUGCUGCCGUUAAUAAAAUUCUGAAAUUGAACAUUAAAAAUUUAAUAUACGAAGUAUUUGCCAAGUCGAAGUUUGAUAAGAAACUUCAUGUGAUCUUAAAAAAUUUGUAGUAAAUCACUUAUAAAGGAAAACGACCGUUUAGAAUAUGUUUAAAAAUUAUGGCUGUGUUUUAUUAGCAAGUUUAGCAGAUGAUUAAUAU